AUGGCUGAUUCGCAAUACGUCGUCAUCGAGGGCCUGCCGACGCCACAACUUUACCAUGACUUGCGCAAAUUCGCUGGAAUGACACCCCCACCACUAGAAGCUGUACCCAAAUCCCUGGGCAACUCCUUCGCUUGCUUCGUCGCUUAUGAGCGCAAGCAUAUGCUCAGCGAUACCACUCCCGGCUCAAACCAGGACGCUGUCGCAAUGGGGCGAUUGGUAGGCGACGGGUCGCUGUUCCUCAUCUUGGUCGACGUUGCGGUGCAUCCGGAUCAUCAGCGCAGAGGGCUGGGAAAACGCAUCGUGCAGAAACUUGUCGACUAUGUGGAUGAGCAUGCGCCACUGGCAUAUGUGAGCAUGGUCGCAGAGCCGCUUGCACAGAAGUUGUAUCCUCAGUAUGGGUUCAAGGACGUGAAGCCGAGCAUUGGCAUGUACAGGAUGAUUAGGCCCAGAAGCAGUGUAAAUGUGCCGGCCAUGGAAUCAGAAGAAAAAGCGUCGUAA